AUGACCACUAACUUGUUCAAACCUCACGUUAGAGAACUAGUUAAUAAGUUCAAAGAGAUGAUGAACACGCCUAUAAAAGCAACUAAGAGUUCAUUGGAUGUAUUACAAAAAAGUUACAAUUUUCAUAAAAUCGGAAUCCAGGAAAAAGAAGAAAGAAAAUGGAGCAGCUCUGCUGUUGAAGACAAUCACCAUGGCAACAGUGUUUUAGUUGCUAUGCACAGCUUGCAAUUACAUUUACAAAUGGCAUUGAAAGAAGUUGGAUUUUUCCAGGAGCAACUGGAAUGUUCAAAAGAAUUAAAAGAAAUUAAAUGUAAAGAAAAUGAGUUGUUUCUUAGCUUGAAACACCUCAGGACUGAAUUAGACGCAUGUAAAGAAUGCUGGGAAGGAGGUUCCUCAAGACUGCAAAGUUUACUGGGAAAUGUUUCAUCCCAAAGUAAGUCUUCUGCAAGGGCUGCUACUAUUGGUGAAAUCAGUGAUGAUGUAACCAAAUCACAACAAGAACCAAUACAGUUAUUUGGUCUACCAGAACCACAGAUAGAAUUUGAUGAUCAGACAUUUGAAGCCUAUACAGAUCCAAAUGAAGAGGAUUGCACUGACUGGGAUUAUGAACCAAUCACACUUGUAGAAAGAGAGAGAAGACAACAACAAAAACAAGAGUCAUUGAGAAUGUUAUCAGAACUCAGAACUGUACUCGCAGUGAGAAGCACAGAAAGAGAGAAAUUAAAGCUAGAACGGCUUGCUCAGAAACAGAGGGACGAUAAAACAAGUGAUUCAGAUAGAAAGAAUGAGAAUGAAGUAGAAUCCACAACAAAGCUUGAUGUAGUUGACUUGAAUGCUGAAUGUGAUGGUACAGACACUCAACCUGCAGGAGAUGAUCAGAGAGUAAAGUCCAAUAUAAGUAUAUAUGAAAGUAAGCAAUGUGAGGACCAGGAAGGCACUUGUGAUGGAAAAGAUGUUACUGAUCAGUUCAGUGUCAGUAAUGAAGGGAGGCAUAAUAUUGGUAUAAAUGAGAGCAAUAUGAUGACUGAUGACGUUGACAAAGAUGAUGAUGUUCAAUGCCUUCCCACUGUGAUCAACAGGCAGAAACUUGUGGCCAACUUUGGUGAUCAUGGGUUUGACCUCGCCAGUCUGGCAGCACAGGUUGCGGCCAGGUGGCUAUAUGUUAUUGUGAGAGUUACUGGUUUGGAUGUGGAAUGUCACAAUCUAAUUGGUGGCUAUAUGUUAUUGUGGCUAUAUGUUAUUGUGAGAGUUACUGGUUUGGAUGUGGAAUGUCACAAUCUAACAGGUGGCUUUGUGUUACUCUGUGAAUACCUG